UAUAGGGGCACCCCCAAAUCUCUCUCUCUAAAGUCUCAAAUGUUUCUCUCCCUCUAAAUCUCUCUCUCUCUCUCUCUCUCUCUCAGUAUGUAUGGGCGUGAAGUUCAUUAGUUUAAAAGUUUGUCAUUUUAGAGCUCUGCAUAAGUGGAGAGAAGAGAAUCAGAGAUUUCAAAGCAGACCCAGUUGAGAUUUCUCACAGUUUCAGCUGAUUCUCUUACAUCAUUCAUCAAAUUAAUCCAAAAGAGGAAAUGGGUCUCGUGAAUCAGGAGGCGAUCAAGCAAUUUCAGUUUUUAAUGGAGGAAGUGGAUGAGCCAUUGAAGAACACAUUCCAGAAUGUGCAUCAAGGGUAUCCAACUGAAACACUGGCGCGGUUUCUUAAAGCAAGAGACUUGAACGUUAGCAAAGCCCACAAAAUGUUGAUUGAUUGUCUACAAUGGAGGAUACAAAACGAGAUCGACAAUAUAUUGUCGAAACCUAUCAUUCCUGCCGAUUUGUAUAGAAAUGUUCGAGAUUCUCAGCUCAUUGGAUUAUCUGGUUACUCAAGAGAGGGUGUACCUGUCAUUGCUGUUGGUGUUGGGCUCAGCACAUUUGACAAAGCAUCUGUAAAUUACUAUGUGCAAUCACACAUUCAAUUGAAUGAAUAUAGAGAUCGUGUAAUUUUGCCUUCUGCAACGCAGAAGCACGGGCGGCAUAUUGGUACCUGUGUGAAGGUUUUGGAUAUGACUGGUCUGAAGCUUUCGGCACUUAACCAAAUAAAGCUUUUGACAGUCAUAUCUACAAUAGAUGACUUGAACUACCCAGAAAAGACGGAUACAUACUAUAUUGUCAAUGUCCCAUACAUAUUUUCUGCAUGUUGGAAGGUUGUGAAGCCUCUAUUACAGGAAAGGACAAGAAGGAAAAUUCAGGUUCUUCAGGGUUGUGGGAGAGAUGAGUUGUUGAAGAUAAUGGAUUAUGCAUCCCUUCCACAUUUUUGUAAAAAGGAAGGAUCUGGAUCUUCCCGGCAUUCUGGCAUUGGGGUCGGUGACAAUUGUUUCUCCUUGGAUCACUCCUUCCAUCAAGAACUCUACAACUACGUCAAGCGACAAGCUGAGGCCAUGGAGUCCAUUGCGCCAAUCAAAGAGGGCUCAUUCCAUGUGAAAUUCCCCGAGCCAGAUCCAAAAGAUGCUAAGAUCGCAAGGACCAUCGAAACCGAGUUCCACAAGUUCGAAAAUCAGAACGGGCGGCGUAAGAGUUAAUGGCACUUGAUACUGGGAUGGUGGCGAAUAACACAUCUGUGGCUGAUGUUGAUACCAAAGCCUUACAGGCAGACUGAGACUGCCAAAGAUACUACAAAACCGUUAUAGAGACAGAGAUCUUCGAUUAUCGAUGUAAUAGUGUUUGCUUGCAUCAGCUUGAUGCGGGUUUGUUAGGACGUUACUAAUCUUUUGUUUAAGCUGAUCAAUACCACCUUGGGUGGAUGAUCAUACAUCCUUGCGUUAGAACAUAUAGAAGAAACAAUGGAGCAAACUUCUGCUCCUUCACAAGCUAAUUGCUGCUUCUUACUAAUCUAAUAUUAGCUAACACAAUCCAUAAACC